AUGAAGAAGAAAUGUGUCGAAUUCAAAGUGAUGUCUAGAUUGCUACCAUUCGUGGUUAACAUCAUGGUGGCUCGAAGACUGACGCCAGAGGAGUACGGCGUUCCAACGGUUCACUUCCAGCUCAUCUCCACCAUCAUACUCACUUGUCGAGAGGGCUUCCGGCGUGCACUGAUGCGAGAUGCUGGCUCGGGCACGGCUGAUGGUGAUGUCACAGACGCAAGCCAAGAGGCAGCCGGUUGGCUUGUGAUCCCGAUAGGAGCGGCUCUGUCUGCAGGGGUUCCGUGUGCGGUUCUACGGCUCGGUGGGCUCGACAUGGUAAGAAUAGUUGAAAAGAUGCACAUGUGCAUCGAUAACCCAUAUGCCCAAGCUGUGGCCUCCUACGGGUUCUCAGCCUUUUUGGAAUUGUUGGCGGAACCAUUUUAUAUUCGAGCUCAGCGUAGGUCGAGAUUUCGUCUGCGAUUUGUCACUGAGACGGUGGCGACUAUUCUACGCAGUCUCGUGACAUUUUAUUUUGUGAAUUUCACGGAACAUCACGUCUCACUCGGAUUUGCUUAUGGUCAGCUUGCAUACGGAGUGACAAUUUUGAUUUGUUACGCAAUCGCACAGCUUGACUUCGCUUACUUCGGGUGUGCGCUUUUCCUCGGGAAAACAUCGGUGAAGUGGGGAGGAACACUACGGCUCGUGCAGACCUUUUCAACACAAGCCCUGUUGAAGUUGUUCCUUGCCGAAGGGGAAAAGGGCGUGUUGCUCUUGGUCGGGAAUGCAGAUUCGCAGGGGGUUUAUGGAUUAGUUUCUUCGCUGGGGUCGCUGUUCGUACGGAUCGUGCUACAGCCAUUUGAGGAAAUCGCAUUCGUCGCGUUUUCAAAAAAGCUUGAUUCGCAAACGACAAAGCGAAAGAAAAUUGAGAAUGAAGCGAAAGUGUUUGCGACUCUGAUGAGGGUUUCUGGGAUGCUCGGUCUUCUUGUGGCUGUGCAUGGUCCGCUUUACUCAGAACCCGCAAUUCGAUUGCUCUAUGGGAAGCGGUGGGCCGAUACAAAAGACGUGUCGAAAUCACUCGUGAUGAAGCCAAAUGAACUAAACGGUGCAAAUGUUGCGCUUUUGAGCUCGUCGCUGUUGAACAUCAUGAUGUCCAUUUAUCUUCAGCCUCGGGUUGGACCUACUGGUCUGAUAAUCUCGAAUAGUAUUUCGAUGUGUUUGCGUUUCGCUUACACGAUGCGUUUCGUUGUUAAUGAGCGCUUUCGCGGAUGCAAGUUGACGAUCGCGUCAUUCUUACCGCACCAUGUUGUUUGUCUUGCGUUUAUUGUUUCUCUCGUGACAACAACAGUCACAUCGAAGCUUGAUAUGGGGACACACAUUCUUGCUGGUUUCGUUUCCGUUUCGGGUAUCCUUAUGUCGAUUUUAUUCUACGAGCGCAACACUCUCACAAACAUGGUUGAGUUGAAGACGCGGAGCAAGAUGGACUAA